CGGGUGUUUUUCAUGCGGUGGUUCAUCACAGAAACACGCCCUCUCCACAAAGCCGCGGCUGAUUGACGUCGGAGCUACCCAUUCGUGAAUGAUGAUCAGAAAUACAUCGGCGUCUUGGGUCUUGACUUGAGCAAUUGUCGGCAAGUCACUGACGCGGCGCAUUGAUCUCGCCGUUGCCCAUUGAUGAGGGCUCCUGAUCUCGGGCUCGUCUCGAGCGACGACGGCAUUGUCGAUGGCACCUCGUCUGACCCUGCUACCAGGCCGCUUCUCACCCACGACACCAUGGAAGCCCCUUCAGAGCCGGCCAGCACCCGCUCUAGCUCCGCAGGCCCGGACGCUGAGCUGGCGCGAGCCGUGCUGAAGAAGAUUGACUACACAAUCAUACCACUGCUCUUCGUCACGUACAUGCUCAACUUCAUGGACAAGGUCGUCCUAUCCAGCGCCGCCGUCUUUGGUCUUCGUGAAGACAAUCACCUCAAAGGCCAGCAGUACAGUUGGGUCAGCAGCGCUUUCUACUUUGGCUAUCUGAUGUGGACAUAUCCCACAAGCAUCCUCAUCGCGCGCCUCCCCACAGCCAAGUAUCUAGCGGCCAACACGCUCUUCUGGGGCACGGUUGUCGGCCUCACCGCUGCCUGCAGUAGCUUUGGUGGGCUCGUGGCUGCCCGCUUCUUGCUUGGCGUCGCCGAGGCCACCGUCAGCCCGACCUUCAUGUAUCUCACAUCAACCUGGUACACCCGCGAUGAGAUUCCCAGCCGGGUAGGAAUCUGGUUCGCGGGCAAUGCCAUCGGCGGCAUCAUAUCCAGCCUUCUUGCGUUUGGCAUCGGCCAUGCCGACGGCCCCCUCAGCCCCUGGCGUUGGAUGUACAUCAUCCUUGGUAUCAUGACUCUGGUUUGGGCGAUACCUGUGUUCCUGCUACUCCCAGAUACUAUCUCCAAAGCGCGGUUUCUCACGCCGAGGGAGAGACGGCUGGCGGCUGGUCGCGUCGUGGUUGCGGGCAUGGGCACGUCUGAGAACGCUCGUUGGCAGCGCAGUCAGGUUAUUGAGUGCCUUGUCGACCCCAAGACAUGGCUCAUCUUCCCCAUAGCGCUGCUCACGCAGAUCCCCAACGGCAGCACACAGAGCUUCUCCAACAUCGUUAUACAGUCCUUUGGCUUCAACAACCUUCAGUCGACGCUCAUUAAUUUGCCAUACUCCAUACUUAGUGCCGUGACGAUAUACGGCACCGGAUAUCUGGCAGGUCGCUUCCGCACCCUUAACUGUUUACUGGUCAUCGCUGUAGUUAUGCCGUGCGUGGUUGGCGCCGCCGUCAUCUUCUGCCGCGAUAGGGUCCCUCACGGCGUUCAGCUUUUCGCCUACUUUCUUCUGUCAACCGGACCGGCAUCUUUGCCACUCAUCAUGGCCAUGGUAUCGUCCAACUAUCGCGGCGUCACCAAAAAGAUGACCAUCACGGCCAUGCUCUUCGUCGCCUACUGCACGGGCAAUAUCGCAGGCCCCCUGUUGUUCCGCAGGGAAGAAGACCCGACCUAUGCGACGGCCUUCGGCGCCAUCAUGGUCUGCUACGCGCUCGUGGCCAUACUCACACUUGUGCUGAGGUGCUACCUUCAGCGGCUAAAUGCGAGAAGAAUAAGAAUGGAGGGGUACGAGGGCAGUGCUGGGGCAGCUGGCACACUGGCGAACGGAACGGUGCCAACGCCCGUCGACAGCAAGGACAUUGUAUUGGCUGUAGCGGAAGCCCAACUUCGGCCCGAGGACCACCAAGACGUCACUGAUUGGAGCAUGAGAGGGUUUAGGUACCGCCUGUAAAAUGGGCUCCCAUCGUGUCAGAACUGUUAAAUAAGACACGAGGAG